UUCAGUUUCGUCUCUUGUUGCUGCUUUCAGUGAUGGCGUCUGAUGAUCUAAGAGACGAGCUGGUCUGCUGUAUCUGUACGAACAUUUAUACAGAUCCUGUAACCCUGACAUGUGGACAUAGCUACUGCUGGGUCUGUAUCAAAAGAACAUGGGACAACCAGGAGGAGAGGGAAUAUUCCUGUCCUGAAUGCAGACACAGGUUUAGGGUAAUACCGAAGCUUAAAAGAAACCUGAGAAUGUGUAACAUAGUGGAGAGUUUUCUAUCUACUCACCCAGAGCAGGAGGAGGUUGGGAUCUCCUGUACUUAUUGUGUUCACUCUCCUGUACCUGCUGUUAAAACAUGUCUUCUGUGUGAAGCUUCUCUGUGUGAAGUCCACCUGAGGGUCCACAGCCAGUCAGCAGAACAUGUCCUAACUGAGCCCACCACUUCACUGGGGAACAGGAAAUGCUCAGUCCACAAGGAAAUCCUGAAAUAUUACUGCUCUGAGGAUGCUGCCUGUAUCUGUGUGUCCUGCAGGCUGGACGGAGAGCACAGGGGACACGCGGUGGAGACUCUGAAUGUGGCCUCUGAGAAGAAGAAGGAGAAACUGAGAAAUAUUCUACAGAAACUGACCUCAAGGAGAGAGGAGGCUGAGAAAAGAGUCCAGAGCCUGCAGGAGCUCAGGAGAGAAGUGUCAGAUAAACCAGCUGGGUUAACAGAGGAAGUCACUGCCCUGAUUGGGGGCAUCAAGGAACAGCUGGAAGCUCUAGAGAAGCGAGUCCUGAGUGAGAUCUCCAGGCAGGAAGAGCAGGUCUCACUCCGAGUCUCAGAUCUAAUCCGGCAGAUGGAAAUAAAGAAGGAGGAUUUGUCCAGGAAGAUGGGUCACAUUGAGGAGCUGUGUAACAUGACGGAUCCUGUAACUGUCUUACAAGUACGGGAAUCAGACAGCGCUGACUAUUGUGAUACUGAGGAGGGAGAUAAUGAGGACAGAGAGAGAGAUGAUAACAAGGUCCGUGCUGCAGGGGAUCUGGAUGUGGGUCUGAUCUCAGCGACCUUACACUCAGGAUUAGCUGGGAUUGUGACCGGAAUAAAGAGACAGCUCCAUGUACCGGCUAAUAUGGCUUCAGACAUGUUACUGGAUGUAAACACGGCUGCUAAUACUGCAACUGUAUCGGGUGAUAUGAAAACUGUAUCCUGGCAUAGAUAUAUGAAGCAGAGAAGACCAAAAACACCAGAGAGAUUUGAGCAUUAUCAGGUUCUAAGCUCCACGAGUUUCUCCUCUGGGCGACAUUACUGGGAAGUGGAGCGCAGUGAAUCAGGGGGAUGGAGGGUAGGGAUGGCCUAUCCCAGUAUAGCCAGGGAAGGACUUCAGGAAGUGAUUGGAUGGAAUAACAAGUCCUGGGGUUUGGAGGGGUAUUAUAAUCAGUAUAUUGUAAUACAUGACAGUAAGAAAACCUUGUUACCUCACCCCGUUUCCAGCCGGAGAUUGCGGAUAGUCCUGGACUACGAGGCCGGGCGGAUGUCCUUUUAUGAGCUGUGUGACCCCAUCAGACACUUACACACCUUCACUGCCACCUUCACUGAGCCGCUUCAUGCUAUAUUCGGGGUAUGUGGGGGCAAUGCCUGGCUGAGAAUUUAUUGAAUGAUUUAUUAAUCUAAUUAAAGUGAUUUAACUGGAAAUCCCGGAGUGGGAAUCACGAGACGGUAAUACUGAUCUGGGUGUGGGCGGAGCAUCACAACAGGGUUAGCCCCACCCACUUAAACUGGGUAUAGGCGGAGCCUGUUACUAAGCAACA